AUGAGACCUGCUGACAGUUAUUCUCCAUUUCAUACAGAAACCAGAAGAACUAUUCCUGAUAACACCUAUCAUUCUAGCAAAUAUUUGACAAUGAAGGGAAGGGCUGACUUACAGUCUUCCCCCAAGUUAUCUGAGGAAGAGGAUGAUUACGAGACCAUAAGUUCUUCCACUCUGCAGGCCAUCCAUGCUUUAAGAAUUCUUCCUGCCAAACCUCUACAAGAAUCUGAAUAUGCAGAUAAACGUUGUUUAAGGCCUUCAGGUUCCACUUCCCCAAUGAGCGAGCACCCAUCUCGGCCCCCUCAAUACUCAACUAUUCACACAUCUGUUCCGGAGGGGCAGAGAGUGCCAUGUGUUAGAGGAGGAAGAAUGAAAAUACAGGGACACCAGGAACCUGUGCCUCCCCCACGGCCUCCAAACACACUGCCAAAGCAGUAUCAGCCACUUCCUCCAGAGCCAAGGAUAAGCAGCCAGUUCUUUCACAAGAGGAACACGCUCAGCCAAGCUCCCACUUUUCCAAUAUCAGCAAAAGUCCCAAGACAUUUAUCUGUUAAAGAACUAAAUGAAGCACCUGGAAGAGAGCAAGUUACAAGUUUGGGGGAGAAACCUGAAGUAUCUUUUCAAGCACAACAGCAUCAUCCUGAAGUCAGCCCUCAAUGUACAUGGAGCCCUAAAACCAAUUGCAGCUCAGGUUCCAUGCUAAAUGUAGAGAACUUGACAGUGAAGAGGUCACCAUCUCCUACAGCAUACACAGUAUGCAAAAGUAAAUCAAAAUAUUCACUUGUAGAACAGGAAAUGCAAUUUCUUACCCAACCCACUGAAGAGGAUUUAAACAAAUGUGAAUGGUACGUUGGAGAAUACGAUCGCCAUGAAGCAGAGAAGGCACUGCUACAGGAAAGCAUUGAUGAGACAUUCUUGGUUAGAGAUUGUUCAAAGAAAUCAAAGGCUGAACCAUAUGUUUUGGUUGUUUAUUAUGGAAGAAGAGUAUACAACAUUAAAGUACGUUUUCUGGAAGAAAGCCAACAAUAUGCACUGGGAACAGGUCUCAGAGGAGAUGGUAAAUUUAAUUCCGUGGAAGAGAUCAUUGAAUUCUACAAACACGUUCCCAUAAAACUCAUUGACGGAAAGGAUCAGUCAGGAACUCACAGAGAACAAUGCUACCUCACACAUCCAUUCAAGUCACGCAGAUGUUUUCUGCCUUAACCUCGCAGAUUCAUUUGUACAGAUGUAAACAGAACAGUUAUUUAAAUGUCUCAAAAAUCAGAUUAGCCUUUUGAGCGAGGAGCUCCCCACAAUAUGUAACAUUCUGCAGAUCUACUCCAUUUUUUGAUUGUUGCAAUCUAACUUUGAGGAUACAGGUAAAGUGUAUGUCAACGUAUUAAUUCACAGAGAAGUGCUGAAACCGACUCCCGGUAUCCUGACAACGACGGACCAAUUUGCUUAUCUUGCACUUUACCUUCUACCAUAAGAUGGAAACCAAACUCACCCUUGUUCACCUAAAUGUCAUGGAAACUCCACUAGGUAGCAAAAGCUAAUAAAGCAUAUCACAGUCAUAUAAAAAAAAAAUAUUCUUGCUUUUAAAAAUACACAUGAAAUGCUAUGUGCCAGAGCUCUCACUGUCUAACAGUUUCACGUGGUGUG